AUGAUGGAAAAGAAAGCGUGGUUGUCGGCAAAGGCAACGCUAAGGCCCAAGCAGUUGGCCGCCAAAGCGCCCCUGCGGCCGAAGCACACCCCCCUCUUCCUCCUCCUCGUCUUCCUCCUGUUCUGCUGUCGAGGCUUCGACCUCUUCGAUCUCUCCAUCUUCUCCCCUCGUACCGGAACCUGCUGGGAUGACUUCGACCUCGGCAACAUCACCGCCAUCGCCCAGCAGCAUGCCGAGUCCCCCAUCCAGCCGCCGUUCAAGAACCAGUUCUGGGAGGUCGGCCAGCGGUCGAGGAACCUGACCAAGUGGCUGUGGUACGGCGACCAGCUUCACAGCCGCUCCGGCACCAAGCGCAAGCUCGUCGCCGCCAUCGAGGCCACGGCGGCCUCCAUCUUCCCCUUCAUCACCUCGUCGCCCAUGUGGCCUGACAGCCAAACGCCCCUCAGCGACCUGAGGACCAUCCACCGCAACGGCGGCCGCGGCAUCGUCAUCCCCGUCGGCGGCGGCGAGCAGGCCGUGCGCUUCGCCGGACACCUCAUAUCCACGCUCCGCCGGACGCUCGGGAGCAAGCUGCCCAUCCAAGUCGCCUACGCCGGCGACGCCGACCUGGCCCAGGACCAGCGCGACGCCCUCGCUUCGCUGGACCCGAUGAGGAAGAUCGACUUCGUCAACGUCAUCGAGGUCUUCGACGACACGACCCUGAGCCUUCGCAAGGGCGGCUGGGCCAUCAAGUCCUUCGCCGCCCUCGCCUCCCGCUUCGAGGAGGUCAUCGUCCUCGACGCCGACGCCGUCUUCAUGCAGCCGCCCGAGGUGCUCUACGAGCAGGAGGCCUACCUCAACACGGGCGCCUACCUCUUCCACGAUCGACUCCUCUGGCAGCACGGCUUCCGCGCUCGCCACAACUGGUGGAAGGAUCAGAUCAAGGAGCCGUCCGAGGCCUUGAACCGGUCGCGCGUCUGGACCGAGGACUACGCCGAGGAGUGUGACUCGGGCGUCGUCGUCCUCGACAAGUCGCGCCUCUCCGUCUUCGUCGGCCUCCUUCACAUCGCCUGGCAGAACACGCGCGAAGUCCGAAACGAAGUCUCCUACAAGCUGACCUACGGCGACAAGGAGACCUGGUGGCUCGGCCUCGAGCUCGCCGGAUCCCCCUACCAAUUCGAGCAGCACUACGGCUCCAUCCUGGGGUGGCGAAAGGAUCAACCGCCCAACGUCGACGAGCUCCCGAACCGCGUCUGCAGCUUCGUCAUCGCGCACACCGACGCCCGGGGGAGGCUGCUCUGGUACAACGGCAGCUUGGUGAAGAACAAGAUGGUCGAGCCGGAGAGCUACCAAGUGCCCAACGCUUGGAUGGUCGGUGGAGAGUGGGAAAAGGGAGGCGCCAAGAAGGACAUGAGUUGCAUGGUCAAGGCCAAGGUGAAGACGUUGACCUUGCACGAGCAGAGAGUGUUGGAGCACAGCAUCGAGGAGGCGAAAAAGGUGGACUGGAUGCUCAAAGACAAGGGACUGAUGACGCCUCAGGAUGGCUUGGUAAUUCGCUAG